AUGACGGUGCCGGCGCUGCUCAUGCUGCCACGCAUGACGGCGCGUAGCGACGAUGACACCAACGUCGACACGCCCGCGAUGCAGUACCUGCAUUCUCUGAGGUCGCAGCGCAACUUGGCAUCAGCGGCAACAGUAACCACAACAGUUAAUCCCGGUGGUGGGGCGGAAAGUGGCGGCCACCACCUCAGUGAGCCGCUCAUGCUGCGGUCGCUGCUGUGCGAGUGGUACGCUUGCACCAGCAACGCCGAUGUCGUGGCGUUCCAGAACAAGUACCGCGUGAACCGCAGCGCCCUCCGCCUCGUCGACAGCGCUGUGGCGCAGUGCGCUGAACGUCUCUCUCGUCUUAUUGCCCCAGACAGUCCAAACAGCAGGAGCAGCAGUGGGAUACAAGACGGCGCAGAGGAGCUUUGCGGCGAACACGACGUGGCGGUGCGGCGGCCGAGCACGCAGGCGGUGGCGCAGCUUAUCGAUGCCACACUGCCGCAGACGUACCGCACCGUGUUGACUAACUCCCUGCUGCGCCUGCGCCGCUGCGCGCUGGAGCACGCUGGCCACCGCCUCUCGCAGAGGUUCGGCUCCAUGACGCAUUGGUACCCGCAGGACGAGCAACUCAUGCGGCAGCUGCAGCCACAGGUCGGCAGAAGAAGGGGCGGCAGCAGCAAAAGCAGGCCAAAGUUGGCGCUCGGUGCGACGCAGCAGCGCCUCUGCGCUGCGUUUGUGGCCGCCUUCGCAAGGCACACGAUGCGCGGCGAGGAUGGCUCGCACCGCGUACACCACCGGCGACUCGUGCGCAACUUGGGCACGCUGCAGGAGGACGCGGAUCGCACCUGCUCCUUUGGCAUCGAUAUCCACGCGCAAAACCAGCAGCAGCAGCAGCAGCGGCAGGCUGCCGUUGGGGUGUCGCCGCACGAUAGGUUGACGCCGGACGCACUGCGUUGUGUGUUGUCACCGUAUUUGGCAGGGACGCAACUUUGCCAGCUAGAGCUCUUUGCUAAUGGGCGCUCAGCGGUUGCGCGUUUUGGCGAGGACGCGGAAAAUGGAGACAAGAAGGACGCAGAACUAGUGGACGAAGAAGGACGGAGUGUGGAGGUGCAGCGGCAGCAGGCACUUCUUGCGCCUUGCGUGCUGCCAUUCGAGCCAGCCGCCGGGCCGGCGCAGUGUAGCGUUGUGUUGGCUCACAUCGGCAUCAGUCUUCUGGUGUCUAUCCAGAGUGCUCUAACUCGUCUCACGCUGCUGCUGCCGCCGUCCUCUACACCGAGCAGCAGCAGCGGAAGGAUAAACUCAGGCGAUACGGCAGGCGUCAGCGUGACGAGGCCGGGGCAAAACACCGUCACCACCAUCACCAGCUCGAACCGCGGUCUCCGCUUUACUUCACUGGACGAGGAGGGUCGGGACGCGCCGAACGUACGGGUCGCGUGGCACGACAGCUACGGCCAGGAAUGUUUCCUGCUGCUGAGCGAGGUGCGGCACCUGGGGUACGAGAAGCUCUUCCCAACACCCUCGCCGACAACUGCGUCAGCUGCACACAUCGCACCGGGCGCGGCGGCUGCAGGCAAGGAAAAUGAUGCUGCUGCUGCUGUGGUCGGUGCGGGCGUGGCAGGAGAAGCAGACAUUUCUACCGGGGCCGCGAGUGGGAGUAUGGACGAGCCCGUGUUGAUGAGUGUGCAGCGUGUCUUCUUCACCCGUGCGGUGUGCUGGAAGGUGACGCUUCCGACUGCGCGGGUGGAGCCGUGGAGUGGGUCUUCUGUUGCCGCCUCGGAUGACAUGUGCCACUACUGCUGGGUGUGUCACAGCACGUGGCUGAAGGAGAGCGCAUUCCGCUCACACUGCCGGUCGCUCGCGCACCUCAGUCGCCUCGCCCUUGUGGUGCGGCUUGGCAUGCGCCGCGAGUGGGUGGCGGCGUUCAGUAGUGGCACAAUGUCGGACCUGCUGCUCCGUUGCAGCAACAGCAACAGCGGUAAUGGUAAGGGGAUGGAAGUGGAGCUUCGGCACUGUACUGUGUCGUCCACAUCUUUCCUCAACGCUCUGCAGUGGUGCCCGCGUGGCGAUGAGGCGUCUGCCACGAUGCCCAUUGCCAUUGCGGGCUCACUCGUGGCGAACGCAAGCGCAGCAUUGGCGGAAGGAGGACUGCCGUCGUCUGGCAGCGGGCUUGCCCUGCAGGCGCUACAUGUGUGGGUUCUCGACACUGACCAAGGAGCAACGGCAGGUGGAGCGCAGGCCGAUUCGCUCACGAGCACGCACCUGCCGCUGUCACUGUUCGUGCUUGCUGGAUACCUAGCGGCUGCCUCCUCCAGCUUCACCGCUGCGCUUCUGAUGAACAGGGACCACUCGCGUGCACAUGCGGUGAUGCUGUACGACUGGGGUGUGUGGCGCUUCCCUAUCCCACUCACACGUACGCAGCUGCGGAGUGUGUUCGAGGUGUUUGCGGGACGAUCCUGGCGUGGUGUACCUGCAGAUGACAGCGGUGGUGCUGCUCCUGAUGUGGAGGAUCAUGAUGCUGAGGGUGAGUCGUGCGGUGGUCAGGACGCGGAGGCGGACAGUUUGCAUUGGUGCGUCGUCUCGGACAAGUGCCCACAGUGCACAUACUGUGGGUGCGGUGGGAAUGCCGUUGAGAAGACACUGCAGGACAAGCAGCAGCGCGACCUGCGCAGCGACGCCCCCUCAGCUGACGAGGUGGUGGAGAGCACACUCCUGCUCGUGCUGUACGAGUACAAGAACUCGCAGCGGAGCGUCGUUAGCUUCGCGGACUACACGCAACGGGUGGUAGCGAAGCUAAACGCCUGGUCUUUGUUGCAGCAGCAACAGCAUGAGCAUCAAAGGAUGGACGCCACUGCUCGCGGCCACAAGCACGCCCCGUCAAGGCGAGCGGCUGCAUCAGCGGCGGUGGAGUGGCGCGGGGGAGCGGAGCUGCUCGCGCGACUUGUGGCGCGCCGCCAGAAUCAACCGCUCGAGUCGCUGCUGCGCGACCUUGGGUGUCAGUUCCUCACGCCGCCCACCGCACUCACGGCAGCUGCUGCUGCUGCACCGGCGGUGUCAUUCAGUGCAAGUGCGCUGGCAGCGGAAGGCACCACGAACGAGAAGUUGUUUCUCCUCCCAAGGGUGCUUCCGAGUUAUUUGCCGUCGCCGGACUUUGCCGCUCUGCUGCGUCGUCACCGGCAGUCGGUGCGGGACUCGCCUGCUGUUCGCAAGGGUGCUGCGUUGAUGGCAAGGGAGAAGCAAGGCACGGCGGUAGCAGCAGCAGCAGCAGCAGGCGUGCCGCAGCAGCCAUCAUUCUAA